GAUUAUGUUAUAAUUAUUGUUUUGGGGAUUGAAGGAGUAAAAAGAAGUUAGUAGUGAUGGACAUGGUUACUAGAAAUAGAAGAAAAGUGAAAAAGAAGACAUAAGAGUGUGUGAGUAUAUAAUAUGAGACGAUGGAGCUGGCGGGUUAUUAGGACCCUUCCACGAGUCAUUCACUAUCUGAUUUGUAUCUGGCAAUAGGCAGUUUCUUAUGACUGAUCCCACUCGACACACAAACCCACUUUCCCAUCCACAAACAAAGUUCCUUAAGUCACCCAUUCCAAUGAACUCAAACUGAAAAUUCAGUGAAUCAAUUUCAUCCACUCUUCAGGUUUUUGCCAUCUCAUCAAAAACCAUGAAAGAAGAAGGUUCUGCAACUGACAGCGCCCCAUUUUUGGAGGCCCAAUAUGCAGCACGUCAUGUCGAAAGAACCGGGACAGUGUGGACUGCAGUGGCACAUAUAGUGACAGGUGUGAUAGGGUCAGGAGUGUUGUCUUUGGCAUGGAGCAUUGCACAGCUUGGAUGGAUUGGAGGGCCAUUAACAAUUGUUUUCUUUGCUUCCAUCACUCUUCUCUCUUCUUUCCUUCUUAGCAACACAUAUCGUUCUCCAGACCCUGAACAUGGCCCCAAUAGAAGCUCCUCUUACCUUGAUGCUGUUAAUUUCCACAAGGGAGAAGGGAAUAGUCGCUUCUGUGGUAUUUUUGUGAAUGUAAGCUUAUAUGGUUUUGGAAUUGCUUAUGUCAUUACCGCAGCUAUCAGCAUAAGAUCAAUCCAACAAUCAAACUGCAACCAAGACAAAGAAGGGAUUGGAUCAUGUGGAUUUCCUGAUGCAUAUUUUAUGCUUAUUUUUGGGGCUAUCCAAGUUGUUCUGUCACAAAUACCCAACUUCCAUAAUAUUCAAUGGUUGUCAAUUCUCGCAGCAAUUACAUCCUUUGCUUAUGCUUUCAUAGGAAUGGGGCUUUCUGCCGCGCAAGUCACAGAAAAUGGCCAUGCUAAGGGUAGCAUUGAAGGAAUCCCUACUUCCAGUGCAACUGCAAAAGUAUGGCUGGCUGCUCAAGCACUUGGUGACAUAGCAUUCUCCUAUCCAUUCUCAGUGAUUCUUAUAGAAAUACAGGAUACAUUGAAGUCGCCUCCACCAGAAAACCAAACCAUGAAGAAGGCCUCAACGAUAUCUGUCAUUGUCACAACAUUUUUCUACCUCUGUUGUGGGUGUUUUGGAUAUGCAGCCUUUGGCAAUGAUACCCCAGGAAACCUUUUAACAGGGUUUGCACACUAUAAACGACAUUGGCUUGUAGACUUUGCCAAUGCUUGUAUAGUCAUUCACCUAGUGGGUGCAUAUCAGGUGUAUAGCCAGCCACUUUAUGCCAAUGUUGAGAAUUGGCUUCGUUUCAGGUUCCCAGACAGUGAAUUUGUGAAUCACACAUACUUCUUGAAACUCCCAUUGCUGCCAGCUUUCCAACUAAAUUUUCUCAGGCUAACUUUCAGAACUGCAUACGUUGCAUCAACGACUGUGAUUGCCAUCAUCUUUCCCUACUUCAAUCAGAUUUUGGGAGUUUUGGCUGGCAUAAUCUAUUAUCCAUUAACCAUAUAUUUUCCAGUGGAAAUGUACUUGAGUCAGUCCAAUAUUGACGCAUGGACGACUAAGUGGGUCUUGCUUAGGACUUUUAGCAUUGGUGGUUUGCUGGUGGGACUGUUUACUCUAGUUGGAUCCAUUGAAGGGAUAGUAUCUGCAAAACUAAGCUGAGAAGCUUAGUGAUCUCUCCUAGAAUUGGAAGUUGAACUGAGGAAUUAGAUUGUGGUUACUUAUUUUGCCCCUUCAUUGAAAACCAGCAUUCAACAUUGGACAGUGGACACUCCCACCCGAAAAAAAACAUAAAGAAUUAAGCAGAUGAAUCCAAGGUUGUGUUGUUCUUCCAGUUAAAAUGUAGUAGUAAGGGUGUGUGAUAGAGUUGCAGAAGCUUAAAAUUGUAUUUGUUUCUUGAAAUGAUUCUUGAGAAACUAGGUAGUUUCAUUUAAGAUGCAAAUUAUUGUUAUGGAAUAAGAAGUUGAGCAUGUCUGGUUUUUGAAGCAGCCGACUUGAAGCUAGAGGAUAGGUGUUCUCUACCUGAAUAAAUGAAUUCCAUUCUACUUUCAGUGUUUGGUAAAAA